UGUUCCUUCCAACGGUUAUCGUCUUUCAGGUGUUCAUUUAUUCUUAAUUCCAAUUUCACUGGAAGAUAUGAAAUCUGUUGUUCCAUGACGUAUCAAUCUAUUCCCAGAUGCAACUGGUUGACAACUGUCCAGAUAUUCUUUUUAGCAUGCAUUUCCAUUUGUUCAAUAUUUUCCGAACUGUGGUCCUUAGGAUUUUACAUCUCCUCUCCAUCUGGAUUCAUCAGCUUAUUAGAAUCUCAUUCUGUGUUGGUUCGACCCCUACAUAAGGAUGUGAAACCAGAGAUUAGUCUUUUCUGUUCUGAGAACAAUUUAACUCAGUAUAAGCUGAUGCAAAAGACAGAAAAAAUGGAAGGAAAUAUCCUAGCUGAUCAUGACACAAUUAAUACUGAAAAAUCAAAAACAGUAAAAGCUGUUGAGAACAAGUUCCUGGAAUUAGAAGUCUCAUUCGCAGAAUUAAGUGAAGAACUCAAACUCGAAAAAGAAAAAUCUGCCAGAGAACAAAUAAUGUUUAUUAGAACCUUGUCAGACCUACAUAAUGUCUACAGCAAUAAGCAAAGUAAUCUAGAAGCAAUCAUUGCAGAUCUGCGGCGACAUCUACAUGCUGAAAAACGACGGACUUCAAAGCAAACAAACUUGAUUCAAGCUCUGACUUUGACAAGUGGCCAUGCCAUUAGUCGUGCAAAUAAUCUCCAGCGUCAACUGGCUGAUCUUAAGGCUAAAGUAAAUAAGAGCAAGGCGUCAUGCCUAAAAGAUCAGCAGCAGCUAUAUUCAAAAACUUUGGUAGAUAAGGAACUCCAGAGAAUCGAAAGAACUUCUUUGUCGAAUUCUGAAGUACAAGAAGUAUCUGAUCGUAUGAAAGCCGAUCUUUUGCCAGCCAAAUUACAGCUUUAUAAUACCCUGCAGGACCACUUGUUUCGGCACAAAAUCGAAUCGCCUGCUAUCGGAUUGUCGAAACCUGAAGAGAAACAGAAUCAUGGUAAACAUUAACCAUGAGAUACUAAAAAAAAUUCCUCUGUGUACGUGAAUUAAGAGUGAGGGAGGGCUAAGCAAAAUUCUUAUGAGAUUUGCAAUAUAAAAAAAAGAUCCAUCAUUUGCCAAGUGGGAGGACAAUACGGUUCAAUUUCAUGGACCAAAUUGCUAACAGAUUUCAGCCGUUACAUGGAAUAUAAACCAUACAAGAUUAUAUGAAUCGCAUUUUGGAGGAAAUCAAGUUAUCAUAGCAGGCUUUCCCGUUCAUUUGCUAGAAAGCUAUCUAAAAGCAAGAAGAACCAGCCGGCCUUAUCGAAGUAUCCUACGAGAAAAUUGGCCAUCUAAUGAGUUAUUUCAAUUGGGCAGUUAAAUGUUAUGGAAUCUCGUCAUCUUUAAUCGGAUCAUUAUCAUCUGGAAUCCAUUUAAAAGAAGAAGGAAUUGAAAUUAACAAGCGACUCAAGGUGUAUGUACGACGCCAGGAGCUCUUGGCAGUCAGGAUUAUGCGAUUCUGUAAGUACUAUUCAAACUGGCCUUUGCAGAGAUUCUGUCUUGUUAUUAUUUUUAUUCGUAACAAUUUUCGAUUGGUCGUUCACACAUUCGUUUACAUCUUAAGAUUAAUAACAACAAACAUACAAGGCAAGAGAUAACAAUAAUCAAUUAGAUUCAUAGCUCAUCAACUUCGCGUUUUUCUAUCGAAGGUAAACCCAUUCUUUCUUCGUCAGUUAGAAUGACGCUGGACUGCUGAUCGACAAACGUUUUUAACGAUUUAUAAGUAAAAUCCCCUCCUGUAUAUGGAACCGGCUCUUGUUUAUGAGCAACUGGCAAGAAGAAGAUGGUAGGAUAGCCUUUUAUCUGGCCGAAUAUAGGAUGGAGAUCAUUGGCCGUCGCGUCCAUUUUUGCCACAAUUAAAUUUGGAUUGGCUUUCUUCAUCUUUUUGGCCAAUUUCUUGUAUUCAGGUUCCAGGGCUUUGCAGUGGCCGCACCAAGGAGCAUAAAAUUCAAUGAGAACGUCUUUUUUGGGCUGAAGAACUUCUUCGGCGAAUGAGUUGGCAACGACGUUCAGGACGGGACCCUCUUGGACUUUUGGCACUGGCUGGGAUUUGUAAUACGGUUUGCCUUUGCCACUUGAUAAUGAGUCAAUAAAUUUUUUAACUUCUUGUGGAUCAAAUUCGUCCAUAGGUUCCAUCCUGAAUUUCUGGCCAUCGAAUGCUGCCACUUUAAUAUCUUCGUUAACGUCAGCUAAGUUGAGACUUCGCAGUUCAUCAAGGUACUCAUCUUCGUUGCUGAUGGCAAAUUUUGCAUUACUAUUUUGAAAUAUUUUUGCCACUUCCAGGACCUUUUUACGAAUGAACUGCGUAUCCUUGACAUAUUGAUGGUCGAAAUUAACAUCGUAAUAGACGACAAUCAAUGGUUUGGUGGAAUAUUUGAAACGCCUCAUUGCGUUUUGUACGUUGACCCACUAAUGGCACGCUUUUCUCUUUGACGAAAUUCACAAUGUCUUUGGCAUUACCCCUGGCUUUUAAUUGAAGAAAUUCAUGUGAUGAUUUCUCGUAUUCAGAAUGAAAAAUUUCUGGCUGAUAGACGACGAUCGAAUCAGGAAUAACUUUGUAAUGGGAUGCAACAUCUUUCUCGAAGAUGCUGCCAUGUACUCUUCAUAAAGAGGCGAUUUAGAAGAAAAGAAGCCUACAACAGUGGCUUCAGUGCGAUCCAUCUCACUUUUAAGUUCACCCAAUGAAUUAACGAGCUUGGAGGCUGGACGUGCAAGUUCCUUCAUGUGAUCAACGAUACCUCGAUGUUCUCUCGGUCCUUUGUACUCGAACACACGUCCUUUUCGGAAGACACGCAUUUGUGGGUAGCCAGUGAUUUGGAAACUAUCGGUCAAAGCCUUCUCGCUUGUACCAUCUACCUUAGCCAGAGGAAUGCCGUAUUCCAACAAGGAUCUAGCAGCUGCUUCGUAUUCUGGUUGCAUCUGAUAAUUUAAGGUGAAUUUGCGUUUCCACUAUUCAAUUUAAAGUGAUUAUGUACCUGUUUGCAAUGGCUGCAAUAAGGAGCGUAAAAUUGGACGAGAAUCAGCUUGGAAUCGGUAACGGUUUUUUCGAAAUUUUCUGACGUGAGUUCAAUAACGGGAGGCAAUGGAGGUUUCCAGUUGGGAUCAGUUUUCUCCCUCAUGUAGUCAAUAAUUGCUGUUUUAAAAAAUUACUUUGAUUAAUCCUUGGGUAUUAGUGAAUCAAAGUUUGUGGUUGUACCGAACGCAUUGCGUUCUCCUUGGUAUUGGUCGAUUUUCUUGCCAUCACGGAAUAAGAUUAAGCUUGGAUAACCUAACAGGGACAAAGUAAGUUAAGAAUGUGAUAAAUCCAAUCAUUCCUGACAUGGUAUACCGCUGAUCAUAAAUUCCACUGCCAGUUCACCCUCUUUCGUUGCAUCAACUUUGGCUAAUGGAAUAUUUUCUUUCUUGAGUGUCUCCGCAGCUUUCGAAUAUUCUGGAACCAAAUCCUUGCAAUGUCCACACCUGUUGCCGUAACAAGGAGACGUGAAACUUAGGUAAUCGUUCAGCCAUAAUCCAAUUACCAUGGAGCAUAGAAUUCGACGAGGACCGUGGGCCUUGACAUGAUGAAAUAGUGGAAAUUUUCCCUCGUCAGGAUUAUCACUUCAUCUUCUUCAAUGAAUUUGUAGUUUCCACCUCUUCCAUCCACCACUUGUAUAUCUGUCAACGCGAUAAUAUCGUUAGUAUGUUAUUGACAUCAAAUUUGAUUUGUGUUGCAUUUCAGGAAUGGGCUUGGAUGAGGAAAAAAAUAGUUAAAUAACCCAGUGAAAUGCUGCAUGUACAGUCAUGACCAUUGGACCUUGACUUCUUUUCCUGCUUUUUUUUGUCCUCGUCAGUGCGAAGAGGGGAAAGCUGAAAGGGCACUGUGCACUUUCUCUAGGUUAGUCAACACGUUUAUCUUUUUUAUGACAUUCCCAACCUUGAAAAGCCAACUUUUAAAUAUUGAGACUUACCACCGUCGUUUGGUAUGAAUUCAGCUUGUUCUGCAGCAAAAGAUAUGCAAAACAGCGAAGACAGCAGGAUAAAGAUCGGCCAAUCUCUUCUA